GAGUCAUCCCACGCUUGGCUCGGAGCCUCCACGUCGAGUAUAGCAGCAGACAGCUACCAGUAUCAGCUGCAGUCGAUGUGGCAGAAAUGCUGGAACACCAAUCAGAGCCUGGUGCACAAUCUACGUUUCCGUGAACGAGGCCCUCUCAAGUCCUGGCGACCGGAAACGAUGGCGGAGGCGAUCUUCAGCGUUCUCAAGGAGGGAUUAUCCCUGAGCCAAGCCGCAAGGAAAUACGACAUCCCGUACCCGACGUUCGUUCUCUACGCCAAUCGGGUGCACAACAUGCUGGGUCCUAGCGCCGACGGCGGGGCCGAUCUUCGGCCGAAGGGACGUGGCAGACCGCAAAGGAUUCUGCUCGGUGUCUGGCCCGACGAGCACAUUCGUGGCGUGAUUCGGGCCGUUGUGUUCCGCGACGGUCACUCGCCGCACAUCGUCAAGGAAGAACCGGCCUCCAUGUACCCGAGUCUGGCGAAUUACGCCGCGUGCAACGGACCGGAAGGAGCGGUCAGCCCCGGAGCGGCAGCCGCGGCCGCGGUCGCCGCGGUCGCUCAAGGUCUCCGACACCAGAUGUGCAACAUGGUGGCAGCGGCGCAUUCCCAGCAACACGACAUGAUGGCGACGAAUCUCUCGACGAACCUGUCCACGAACCUCUCAACUAGCCUCUCGUCGAAUCUCCAAGCGGCGAUGCAGGCCAGCCAGCAUCAUCACAACAGCAACAACAGCGGCGCGGUCGUGAUCGGUAGCAACAACGGCAGCAGCGGCGGUGGCGGUAUGGGUGGUGGAAUGGGCAACAACGGUAAUUCACCUUUGAAUCUCGGCCUGGCCAGUCCAGGAUCGGGCGGACCACCAGAAAGCCCCAUGGAGAGUCCCUUGGCGAGUCCACUCGGCCCACUGAUGGAUCCAGGACACAUACCGAGCAGCGUAGAAGUCGGGAUCGGUGUCAGCGGAAUGACAUACAAACCGACGCGAAGCUUCGUCAGUCCGCGACCGGAGAAUCUCUUCCAAGAGGAUAUCGCGGACCUCGUGAAAAGUCCACACGGGCUGAAGGACAAGGACAAGAUCCCCGUCAAGCUCGAGCCGUUGACAGACUCCCGUUGCGAAUAGUAAGCCAGAGAUAACGGGGGAACGGAAGAGCUCUGAUCGUUGCCGGUUGGAUCGGCCGGAAAACACAUUCCGUUUCCACCAAUUGAUCCUAUAAACAGGCUUUCCUCCCGGUUUGUUUCCCCGGGUUCGCGCCUGUGUACCGGUCCACGUGCAGCGGCUGGCUCUUUCCGGCGAUAACCGAAUAUCUCUCUCCGAAUAGAGAACACCGGCGAGUUAGUUCGCGAUAACCACGGGUAAUACGACUCGAUUAGCUGCCCUGGCCGAUCGGUCGAUUCGACCGUGUUGCGAGGAAAACGCCGAGCAAACUAUCGCCGCGGCGUCGACCGAAUCGAAUCGUUCAGUUAUAACGCUCGGUCCCCCGAGCGAACUGAACCGGCGACCGAUUCGUUCGCGCGGCGAGGCGAACGUAAUAUACCUAUAGCGAUCUCGGACGAGGUCGAGGCUUACAAUCAAAAUAAAGAGGGAAAAGAAAGGACGGGGGAGAAAGUGUGUAACCAAGCGAACGGGGGAGGGGGAGACGACGAGACCCGUCUGCGAUCGAUGCUCGAUCCCUCGAACCCAGACCCGACGUUUUCUUCCUUCGCGAUAUCUACCGAGCAUUCGAUUCGGCGAUCGUGUCUCGUCGAUUCCUCGGUCCCGAGCAAUCGUUCUGUUGCGAGACAACGUUCCGUAGUUAAGUUACCUGGUCGAUUGGAAAUUCGCGGAAUUCUCCCAGAUAUCGGAUCGGUACACGAUCCACGGCGCUUUGGAUUCGCGCGAGUCCAGCGCGGCAAGGUACGUUUUGCUGUUCCGCGAGAGAAAGAGAUUUAAACUCGAGAUUUCUAUAUCCACGCAUAUACGAUAACCGUACGUUUAAUGCCAAAUGUAUAGUAAUUGGCGCCCUGGCCUCGAGCCACGAGCCACAUUAUCCACGUCGGAACGAUCGCCCGACGG